CUAUCAGUUCGCGCCGAAUGACUCAAAGAGUGCAAUGCUAAAUAUUUAAAAUACGUUCUUCGCAGUUUCAUCAUUGAGCGAGCAAUCCUCACCAUUUCGCGAAAUGGUGCAACAGGAGGCUGUCGUCGUGAGGAACGCUACAAAGCGUUACGGAUCCGAGAAAGUAGUGCUCGAUGGCCUGAACAUGACGGUGUCUAGAGGUUCCAUUUAUGGGCUUUUGGGUGCCAGCGGUUGUGGCAAGACCACCUUGUUAUCCUGCAUCGUUGGGGUUCAACGUCUUAACAGUGGAGAUGUGUGGGUCCUGGGUGGAAAUCCCGGCAGCGAAGGCUCCGGGAUUCCCGGGCCCCGAGUUGGUUACAUGCCGCAGGAGAUCUCUCUCGUCGGCGAAUUCACGAGGAGCGAUGCGUUUUACUACUUCGGCAGGAUAAAUGGUCUUGACAAUGACGAAAUCGAGACGAGGCAAAAGUUCCUCUCGGAAUUGCUCCAAUUACCUCCGGAGAAUCAGCUGGUGAAGAAUAUGAGCGGCGGUCAGCAGAGGAGGGUGUCUUUUGCCGUCGCUUUAAUUCACCGUCCGGAACUCUUGAUCCUGGACGAGCCCACUGUCGGUCUGGAUCUAAUUUUGAAAGAAAAUAUUUGGGCCUACCUGGUUAAAAUCACGCAGAACGAGAAUACCACGGUGGUAAUUACGACGCACUACAUUGAGGAAACCAAGGACGCGGAUAAAAUCGGUUUAAUGAGAUGUGGCCAUCUUUUGGCGGAGUCAUCGCCAUAUCAAUUACUGGAACGAUUUCAAUGCAAUUCGUUGGAAGAGGUGUUCCUGAUACUGAGUCAAACACAGGAAAAUAACAAUAUGGCCGUCAGCGGGUUCACGGCUCAGAAGAAUAAAACAGAGAGUUCUGAAAAUGAACCUCUUUGCCAGGAGCGAAACAGGAGAGCAAAGGAUAAAGUUUCAAAAUUCAAGGCCACUCCGAAACGAAGGGUUCCGAGACUGAGAAGAUUUAGAGCUCUAAUGAUUAAAAAUGGCAUUCAGUUUUUGCGCCAUUACUCAGGAAUAGCCUUCGCUAUAUUAUUCCCAAUACUUCAAGUGAGUACAUUUUUCAUCGGGGUCGGCGGUGAUCCAAAGGGUCUGACAAUCGGCAUUGUUAACGACGAAGCCGGCAAUUGCGACGGUAACUUCGCGAACAUCUGGUAUAAUGAGCAAGAGUACACUUGCCACAUCGGCAACGUCAGUUGCAAGUUCCUACAGCAGAUCAACGAUGCGACAGCGAUGAAGAAAUACUACGACGACAUAUCCGAGGCAAAUGAUGCUGUACCCAACGGCAAACUCGCCGGCGUCAUGUACUUUAGUCGAAACUUCUCCGAAGCUCUGCAGAAUCGAUUGAACAACUUGAUCGGUGUCGACGAAGCCGACAUUGUCGCUGGGCAAAUUCAGGUUUUUCUCGAUAUGGGUGAUAGAGAGAUCGGGCUUUUUCUUCAGAAGAAGUUAUUUGAUUAUUUCUUUGAGGUUUACGAGGACGUAGCGAAAGAUUGCGGGAUUUCACCGAAGUUCGCCAAUCUGCCUAUUCAAUUCGAGAAACCGCUUUAUGGAGAGUUAAAUACCGACUACAGACGUUAUAUGGCUCCGGGCUACAUAAUAACACUUCUCUUCUUCUUAGCCACCACUACCUCCACAUCUUUAAUGGUCACAGAACGGUUGGAGGGUGUUUGGGACCGAAGUCUUGUUCAAGGAGUGACAACCGCAGAAAUCCUGCUAUCUCAUAUGUUAGUCCAAAACGUCAUCAUAAUUAUUAACACCGCGAUGACGCUAUGCUUGUGUUUUCCCAUCUGGGGCUUGAAAUGCGCAGGAUCGAUGUUCGCUGUAAUCUGGUUUGGCUUACUCAGCAGUAUUUGUGGAUUGAUGUAUGGUUUCUUCAUCUCCGUUAUAUCCAAUAAUUAUAGUACGGCUCAUUAUGCCUCAGCCGGAAGUCUCUUUCCACUGAUAGUCUUGUGCGGAACCUUGUGGCCAGUGGAAGGCAUGCCGAAGGCACUUCGCUGGAUCAACUACGCCAUGCCGAUGACUUUGCCGACCAUAUCUCUUAGAGGAGUAAUGGACAAAGGACAAUCGAUAUAUGAGUUGGACGUAUACAGUGGCUUACUCGUAAUUGGCGGCUGGUCGUUACUUUUCUUUAUGAUAUGUUUAGCCGGCCUGAAAUUGAAAGCCUCGCCUUAAUGCAAAGAAACGUGUUAGUUCAAAAGGAACUUCAUGCGAAGGAAAACAUCUCUACAUUUUCGCGAAGAAGAAAUCAACUCCAAAUUUCCUCAGAGAAUCUUAUCGCUAAAAUUAUGAUCGCGAGUGUUGUGCAAAUGGCCUUUAUGUCGUAAAUAUAUUUUACUUUAAUUAACUAAAUGUAGGUAAAUUAAAAUUAAAGAUUAAUUUAAUACUAAAUAUAAAUAAAAACACACGCUAUAUGCAUACGUACAAUAAAACACGUGAGUGCAAAUAAGAAAUAUUACAUGAUUUUAAGUUA